AUGGCUCAGACAGAGAUAGACUUUCAUGGAGUGAUUGAGAGAGACGAAGUUUACUGGAAUUCAAAAAUUAAUGAAUUGUGUCAGUUUAUGGAUUGGGAACAUGCUCUGGAGGCGUUUACGAAUGGUAUUGUUAUGAAAAAUCAUGGUCAUUGUGAUAUUCUGGGAUAUACUGAUGCUGAUUGGGCAGAUAAUGCCUUGGAUAGAAAGUCCACAACUGGUUUCUGCACGUUUGUUGGAGGUAAUGCAGUCACUUGGAGGAGCAAAAAGCAGGCUAUGGUUGCAAGAUCAAGUGCAGAAGCUGAAUAUCGAGCAAUGGCCUCGCUUUCCUGUGAAUUAAUUUGGUUGCAGGCCCUUGUUUCUGAAUUAGGGUUCAAGAGUUCUAUGCCAAUGAUCAUGUUCUAUGACAAUCAAUAUGCCAUACACAUUGCAAAAAAUCCAGUAUUUCAUGAGAGGACCAAACACAUAGAGAUUGAUUGUCAUUUUAUUCGUGAUCAAGUGCAGGCUAAGGUGAUUCAAAAUGUGUACACUUGCAGUGAAGAUCAAAUAGCAGACAUGUUCACUAAGGGCUUACCCUCUACAAGAUUUCAGAAUUUUCUCUCCAAACUUGGAUCAAUUAAUCCUCUUGAUCCAAGUUACUUUUUCUCUUAUUCUCCACUGUUCAAUUUCCUUCCAUGUAUGCGGUCUAGCGCAUUCUCGGGGAAGGAAAGUAUCCAUGGUUUUGUGAUUAAGAGGAGUCUGGAAAAGAACAGGUAUGUGCAAAAUGGACUUAUGGAUAUGUACUCUAGAAUGGGGAGAACAGGAAUUUCAGAGACUAUAUUUAACAGCAUGGAAGGAAAAUACAUUGUAUCAUGGAACACCAUGAUCACUGGUUAUGUUAUUUCCGGACGUCAUGAUGACGCCCUUAAUCUGCUAUAUGAAAUGCAUGUGGAAGAAAACAAGGAUACCAGUGGUACUGGUUAUGAUAAUGAAAGAAGGGUUCCCCUUAAGCCGAAUACUAUAACACUUAUGACUCUUCUUCCUAGUUGUGCUGUAUUAUCAGCACUGGCUAAAGGGAAAGAGAUUCAUGCUUAUGCUACUAGACAUUUGCUGGCACUAGAUAUAGCUGUAGGUAGUGCACUAGUUGACAUGUAUGCUAAAUGUGGCUGCUUAGAUUUAUCUAAGGCCAUGUUUAAUCAGAUGCCGGUAAAGAAUGUGAUCACCUGGAAUGUGUUUAUUAUGGCUUAUGGCAUGCAUGGAAGAGGAGAGGAAGCCUUAGAACUCUUUAAGAAUAUGGUGGAUGAAGGAAGAUGGAACAAAGAGAAAAGGCCUAAUGAAGUUACAUUCAUAGCCAUUUUUGCAGCUUGUAGUCAUUCUGGGAUGGUAGAUGAAGGUCUGAAUUUGUUCCACACGAUGAAACAAGACCACAGGAUUGAGCCUGCACCAGACCAUUAUGCUUGUGUUGUGGAUUUGCUUGGUCGGGCUGGUAGCGUGGAGCAAGCAUAUGAAAUCGUCAAAACCAUGCCUUCUAAGUUUGAUAGAGCAGGUGCCUGGAGUUGCUUGCUUGGCGCUUGUCGACUUCACCAAAAUGUAGAGAUUGGAGAGAUUGCUGCUAAUCAUCUCCUGCAGCUGGAGCCUGAUGUGGCUAGUCACUAUGUUUUACUCUCUAAUAUGUACUCAUCUUCUGGACUUUGGGAAAAGGCUAUGGAUGUCCGUAGAAAAAUGAAGGAACUGGGAGUGAGAAAAGAGCCUGGUUGUAGUUGGAUUGAAUUUGAAGAUGAGGUUCAUAAGUUUUUGGCAGGGGAUCUGUCGCAUCCACAAAGUGAGCAGCUGCAUGAAUAUCUCUUAACCCUUUCAGAAAGGAUGAAAAAGGAAGGCUAUGUGCCUGAUACUUCUUGUGUACUUCACAAUGUUGAUGAGGAAGAGAAAGAAACUUUACUCUGCGGGCACAGCGAAAAACUGGCAAUGGCAUUCGGCCUCCUCAACACCCGUCCAGGGACUACCAUUAAAGUUGCCAAGAACCUUAGAAUCUGUAAUGACUGCCAUCUUGCAGCGAAAUGUAUCUCAAAGAUGCUGGACAGAGAUAUCAUUUUAAGAGAUGUAAGAAGGUUCCAUCGUUUUAGAAAUGGAAAUUGUUCAUGUAGAGAUUAUUGGUAG